AUGAUAUGGAGCUUGUGUUUAAUCUUCUGCCUUUCAAACUCAAUGCUUGUUAUUGCUUCUCCUGCAAAACACCACUUGUGUCUUCCAGACCAGAGGGAUGCUCUUUGGGAGUUCAAGAACGAGUUCUUUGUCCAAGAGUUCGAUCCCUCUAUUUUUGGUACGAGGACAGAGAAGUGGAGGAACAACACUGAUUGUUGCACUUGGGACGGUAUCUCUUGUGAUCCUAAAACAGGCAAGGUCGUUGGUUUAUACCUGAUGCUCAGUGGUCUCAACGGCCCUUUGGGAUUUAAUAGUAGCCUGUUUAGACUACAACAUCUUCAGUUCCUAGAUCUUACCAGCAAUAAUCUCUCGGGUAUUCUACCAGUAUCUAUUGGCAACCUCAAAUAUUUGAUGGAAUUGCGUCUUGGUGGUUGCCAUCUCUUUGGAAAGAUUCCUUCUUCGCUUGGAAAUCUUACUUAUCUCACUAAUCUUGAUCUUGCUGUUAGUGAUUUCACCGGUGAGCUACCGGAUUCAAUAGGGCGUCUAAACAAGCUAACAAGAGUUGCAUCUUCAAUCAGCCACACUCAGUGGGAAAUUUCCUAG